AUGGCGAUGGCAGCUCGUGGACUGCAGAAAUCCCAGUGGGGAGUUCUUGGCGAGAAGAUCAAGUGGCCUCCCGGGUUUUUUCCACAGAAACGCCUGCCAGGCAGCGGCGUGCAUGGUGAGACAUGGGUGAUUUCAAACAACGUCGAUCAGGUGGCGAAGGAGCUCACCGACCUCAGAGACAAGCUGGUUGCUGGUGUCAAGAAACUCGACCAAGGAAUAGAAGAGGCAGCGGCGGCAAUGGAGGAGCCACUCCCCGGUGAAGACGAGGAUGACAUUGGCUACGACGAUGAGUUCGAUUUCGCAGAUCGCUUUGACCCGCACGACAGAACGGAUCCAGAAGUGCUCUUGGAGGAACGUCAGGGCCUUCAGACGGAACUUCAAGAUCGAUUAGACGAGGUCAACAGCAAACUGGCAGCGAUGCAGCAGAACAGGUUGAACUUCACGUGGAAGCGUAGGGAGCUUCCUUAUCAGCUUCAUCGCCUUGACAAGCCAUGGGAAGACUUCAACAAGGCAGAGCUGCUUGCGGCAAAGCGUGCAGCGGAGGAGGCGGCGGCAGCUGAGCAAGCAGCUCUCGAGCAAAAAGCUCGCAGAAGAGGGAAGACCUACGUCGAACCUCCGAAACAGGAAGAGCCCGACCAGCCUGACACAUUUGCUGCAAAGCUGAUCGAGCCUGCACCCGCGCAUGCAAGCGACGGCCGACGGUUGGGCUUUUCCGAUGCAACAGAGUGUGCAGGCACGCUCGUCGCAGAAGGCGAAUCUCAGAUGAAGAUAUUCUGGCGUUAUAUCGUCGAGAAAGGAAGCUUCGAUUUCGAAGGCGUCGGACUGGUGCCUUUAGUUUACGUUGGUACAGUUGAUCGUCUGCACAGAGACUUCAAGACCGUAGAGAAUGCGAUCUUUAUCAGGCCUUAUUUCAAGCACGGGACUGUUGGCGACGUCGUCAAGAAGCUCGCUGGGAAAAAGAAAUUCCUGUAUUACAAGGACGACCUUCUCUUGGCAAACGCGAAUAAAUUCAUAUCCUGUAUGGCUUACAUGGAGAACCACAAUUUGUACCAUGGAAGCAUUCAACCGAGCAACAUUUUCGUGUCGGACGACGGAUUCAGGCUGCUGAUUGGUGAUUUCCUUCCACCAACGGAGUUCAAGCGGUGGAUGGUGAACAUGGCCAAGCGGCUAUCGUCUAUUCCCACGUUUGUUUCGCCUGAAUACCGAGAGGCUCUCGCUUCGGCUCGUAUCCAGAAACCCGCCUACUACACAGAACAGCUUUCACCGUUCAAGAAUGACGUUUAUUGCUUUGGGUUGGUUUUACUUUAUCUCACCACUAUGGAGGAGCCCGCCGGUGUAAACGAGACCGCCAAGAGGGGCCCGAGGGCCAUUGAGAAGCUGCGACAGAAAGGUCGUCAUGAAGACCUCCUAUCGCUUAUUUCCGCGACACUCACUUUCGAUCCGCAAGAGCGCCCAUGUUGGAGAGAUCUUCUGUCGACAACCGAGAGACUGCAGCUCCACGCUACCGACGUGAUGCGCGGCCUUGGAAACCUCUUUGGUGUGACUUUGACAAACCCCGAAGACCGAUAUCUGGACAAAGAUCUGAGGGACCCGCAGCGUGCGAGUGCAGCGGCAGAAGCAAAUAUCAGGAGAGAAGAAGGAAGUAACACAGCUUGCACGCUUAUGUAG